AUCUGACCUCUAUCUCUGUCCCUUUAAAUCGUGUGUUGGCGUGUUUAUAUGCUUACCCACGUCGGCUGAGGCUUAUUUUUGGGUAGGCCUAGCCAGUGUCAAAAGAUAAUGGAACGUUAUUCUAGGGUAAUUUAGGUUAAGUAAGAGAUUUUUUUGAGUGGUGACAUCAGGGCCUACUUUGACUGUCCAAUCUUCGGCCUCAGCCGACAGUUCACUGGAUCAGUUAUUGAGGAAUAACAUGUUACUGCAAUAAAUCAUCUACAACCAUUAUUCAAAUUUACAUGAAAAUUUCAAGCAUUUCGUGAAUGGGGGGAGUCGCGCUAUCAAUUGUGUGGGGUUGACUGUAGUUUUGAAUGUUAUCUCCUACUUAAACAGUUGAAGGAGUGGGAUUUAUCACGCAGAUGGAAUUUAGCUUGUGGAAUAUGCAUGGGCCAACCCUUUGGCCAUCAGCCAGUUCAGUCAGCCGCACUCUGUACACCACAGUGAAUGGAGAGACAAUUGAAGAAAUCCAUGGAGAGCUACCUGUUGUCACAAGCGAAGAAAUACAUGCUAGUGACUUGCAAGUAGGAAUUGACACAGAAAUUACAGGAGAUAUUCAUAGUGAUCUGACAACUGAUGUACAGGAAGUAGUUGCAAAUACUAUUCAAAUGCAUGAUGGUGUUCCUGUCUCCCUUCACGCAUCAGAAGAAGUUUCUUCUAGUAUUCAUGUGACGAGUACUCAACCAGGAUAUGUUGCCAUGAAACCUGAACCAGACCUAGAUGAUCAGGUGAGUUUACUUGUCAGCCAUCAAUCUUUGGGAAUAGAUCCAAGUCUGGUUUCUGAGCCAAAUAGUAUAGUUCUUAAGGUUGAAACUACACCUCAAAAGAGGAUCAAAAUUCAAAGGCCUAGGAGACCUGCUCCUGACAGAGAAUUCCAUGACACAGAUGAUAUAAACAUAUCGCCCACAGUCCUUCCUCCUGUUGAUAAUUUGUGGAACAAUAGCAUUGUUGGGGCAAAUAUUAGUGUCAAGACAGAGAAUGUCAUAUCAUAUAUUGAUGACCCUAACAAAACUCUCACAUCAACUGGAGAGCAAAAUCUGUAUGAGCUUCCUCCAGUUGGACGUUUACCAGUGAAACAACUAGAACCACUAUCAGAUGAAUCUGAAGAUGAUGAAGAAGAUCCUAAAAUGAAUAUUGGAGAUAUGCAGAGCUCAUCUUUGUUCAACCAGCAAAGUCAUACACGAAUGGGCUCAAAAGUUGGAUUUGAGUGUGGUGAGUGUAGCUUCAUGGCUGAUACCAGACCUGGGUUGAAGAGGCAUAUAACGAUGGUGCAUCCUGCUCCUGCAACAGAUGCUAAUUUAGCUCAUGCUUUAAUGAGAAAGCUCUCUCAUUCAGCAAGCUGUCCAGUGACAGCUUGUCGGUUUAGAGCUAGUGACCGCCAUGACAUGGAAACCCAUGUGGCCAGACAUGUUGCAGAAGGCAGUGUAAAUUCAACAGCAAAGAAAAGAACAGUCCCAUCUAAUCUUCAGAGAGUCAGAUACGAACGUGAAGAAUACCGCUGUCAGAUGUGUUCUUACGCAUGUACAAUUGAAAAGGCAUUUUAUAAGCAUCUGAAAACUCAUUCAACCGGAACACCUCCUUUACCAAACAAUAAUUUAAAAAUAUCCUGUGUCAUAUGUGGCAAAGAUAGACCUACUGAAGCAGAUAUGAACAAGCACAUGCGAAAGCACAGAGAUGACAGGUUCUUUUGUUGCGACAUUUGUGUGUUUAGAACAGUUCAACUUAAAAAGCUUAUUCAGCAUCGGCGAAUGCAUACUGGAGAAAAACCUCACCUGUGUCCUCAUUGCCCUUACCGAUCUGCUCGAAGAGAUAAUUUAAGGUCACAUGUACGCCGUGUUCACAAAAAAGACAACCUAUUUUGUGAUACAUUCUCUCCCCGGGGUCUUUUGGUUGGUACUUCUUCAUCUCCUCCAUCUGGUCAUGAGUAAUAGUUUAAGUCAUAUUCACAAAUCUAGUUUUUUGGGCUCCUCUUAAGCAUAGACAGAUCCAAAGUAGAACUUUCAAACUUCAUACGACAUACAUGCUAUGAACACUUUCUUCCCUUCCUCAUGGAUGUUAAAUUUUAAGUACUGAAGUAAAUACCUAUAGCAUGAAUGUUUUAACUACUUGCUGUAUCAUACAUAAAUGUGUAAGAAUUCUGGUAAAAUCUGUAGUUAUUGAUAAUUUCCUGGUUAUUUAAUAGUAGACCACUUUGUAGUUCCAUGUUACACACUGUUUGAUUAUGGGUAUUAUUUUAGACCAUUGAUGAUGGAUGUUUACAGUCAUGAGCUCUUACUCAAUUUUGCUUUUCAAUUUGCAAAUCCCCAGGAAAUGUUUAUUAACUUCUUGUUUUUCUGAGAUUAUUAAUUAUCCCCUCAUUAUGUAUGUGGAUCACUUGAAAUCUGAAAGAUACUACUGAGUGUUUCUGAAAUUUGCUGUCACCAAUUUAUUUUGUUAGAGGGAAUUGUCAACAAUAUCAUACUCAGUGUGGAAUUAAAUUACUUGUCUAAACACAUUUAAUGUGCUUUGUUAUGUAACAUUGUUUAAUCUGUUUUGAUGGUUGGUUUUUCUGUUAUACUGUACAUUUCUUUAAUGUACCACUUAUUGAUCUUGCUUGGGUGUUCUGGAACUAUUUAACCACCAUGCUAUUGUCCCAGUCACUAUUAGUGUCAUGAAAUAUUGGAACUUAGAACUAAUUGCUUAGUUGCCAUGUGAACGUAUCCGUACUGUGUUUGUACCUGAAUUAGCUUUUAUUGCCAAUCUUCCCUUUAUUUUCUGAAUAAUUAGAAAAGGGGUAUUUCAAAUCUAUAUUAAUGCAGAUCUGUGAUCUGGCAGUUGAUCUUUUUCCUGUAAGUUGUUACAAAUGAAUAUGUGAUCAAAUCACCAAAUACUAAUUUGAUUUUCUCAUUUAAUUCAUUUUAAAUGUCGUCUUUGCUUGGCAUUGUUAGUGUUAGACUGAGUGUAAAAACAUAUGAAGACAGUGUUUCCUUUUUUCUUUUUUGCUAUGUACCUCAUGAUAAUUAAACCACAGCACUCACCAAUUUUAAUGUAAAGAGUAUGUGGUCCAAGCCCCCAUCAUAGUUUGCUUUUUUACUACUACCUAAUUUGAUUUUAUUGUUUUAAAAUUUAACAUAUCCGUAUAAUUUUUAACAGUGGAGGACCUUGACUUGCAUGUUACAGGCUAAAAAAAACUUUGGAGUAUUACUUCUGUACUUUUAAGAAUUAAUUGCUUCUGAGAAUUACAAUUUUUAAUGCAUAUCAGAUAAAAUUAUUUUGGAAAUGGAUUUUAAAAGGUGAUGAACUUAGUCAUUGUGGAUACUGUUUGAAAUGAUGGUGGGGAUAGGUAUUUUUUAUACUCUAUAAUCUUCUGCCAAUUUCGGUUCAUAGAUCUUGUAUGGUAAUACUACAACUAAGAGAGAGUGUAUAGAAAUCUGCCAAGUUAUGGUAAGGAAUCUUUAGCAACCUAUUUUUUUCUAAAUUAAAUUUUGUUGUGAUUUCAUAAUUUGUAGCAACUUUAACAAUUUCUUGUGAAAACAGAAGUGGUUUAAUGGCUACUUUCAAAUAUUGGAGAGGUGUGUGUGAUAUGGUAUGUUAGAGAUUUAUUUUUGAAAGUUUGAGUGGCAACUUUAUAUGGAGGGACCGAGGUUAAUGUGUGCUACCUCUUAGCAAUUUGUUUGUGUCAAGGUGUACAGUCUUAUGUGCAUUAUUUCGCCUUAUGCAUGAGAUCAAGAAAGUCAGUUGCUGGCAAUUUUUGAUUUGUGUCAUUACUUAAAGAAACUAAAUCUUUCUAUAUCAUCCAAACAACAUAUUCUAUACCAAAGUUAAGCAAAGGAUAAAUCUGUUAUUUCCUUCUUUUACCUUGUAACGCAUGCAUUGUGAUAUAUAUGAUUUUAGAGUAAUUGGGUGAGACUGACUGAUAUGUAAUUCAGGAGUGUCAGUUUCCUGUAAAGUGAGUGUGAUGGCACUUGCCAAAAUGAGACUUGCUCAUAACAUAGGCUCUAACGCACUCAGAUGUUGGAAUGUGAGAUGUAGUGUGGUGCUUUGUAAAUAUCUUACAAACAAAAUUGAAGUUUCUGUUAUCCUGGAUCUUUAUGUGGCUGUGAGGAACAGGAAACUCUAUUUUUAAUUAAGGAACAUUUGUUGUAUUUGAAGAUAGUUUUAUUUUCUGUUGAUAAAUCUUUUGUCACCUUAUAAGAAAAUAGUAAGGCUUUCCCUAGAUUUGGUCAAUGUUGGAGUUUUCACUGCAUUAUUUUCUUAAAAUUUGCUGGUGAAUUUAUCUCCUUGUAAACUUUAUUACAAGCAUUAACAAAAGGUUUUGUGCCAUAUUCUGUGAGAAUCUGUUAACAAAAUUUCAUAAUGGAUUGGUUUCUUUGCAAAGGAAAACCAGAGAUUUACACUAAAUAUUGACAGUUUUGUCUGUGUCUGACUUGCCAUGAGAGUCAUGUGAUUUUAAUGUGAUUGUAAGGUAAUUGGAGAGCCGAGUGAUUGUUUUAUCUAAGCAAGUAAACCCAAUUGGUAAAUGUGUAAGUAAACUGGCUGUGGCAAGAUUUCACCUAUGUGGAUGUAGGUCCAGCUGCAAAUCAAUCAUUAAUAGAAAAUGCUGCUACCAUUGUCAUGGGCUUCAUGAAUAAUAAUCUUUUUUUCUGUUCUAUAUUAUUUUUCUUCAAAGUUUUUGAGGACAAUAAUUGACUGAGUUCUUUUAACUGAGGAUUGAACAGAAAGGUUGUGCGUGUUGAUGAAGACAAUAAUGAACGGAUUAGCACAGAACUUGAUUUAAUGUUCACCAUGGCCAUGCUUAACUGUGUGCUGCUUCUGAAAAAUAUUACCUUUAAUUUCUGCUCGCUAAACAUUCCUUGUUAAAAUGGUUGUUUGUUUUUUUUAGGAAAAAACAACUAGAAACCCCUUGUAGUCAUUCCUUAAAGGAAUGUGCUUACCUGUAUGAUUGGGUUCUUGGUUGAGGUCACCAGCUUUUUACUGGAAGGGAAGCUGCCAAUAAAUGGCCAUCUUUGGUAGUUUGCAUUUUUCUGCUGAAUACCUAUAUCAUCUGCUAUUUCUAGAGUAACAAGCUAUCAUAGUUUGUAAGCAGUCUUAACUUAAAUCUGUGUCCUCUACCUUUUUCCUUUGAUUGGUAUUCAUUCAUCUGUUGCUUCAUUUUAGAGAUUUAGUACAACUCUCGUUGAUAAAAUCAGAGUGUUUACCUAUGGGAUGUCAUUUGAAUGUCUAUUUUGUGUUUUCAAUAAAGGAUUGGAAAAUCAAACAUGAA